AUGGCAGAAACAGUUCUCUCUUUUGUGCUGCGUCAACUCUCAACUCUUCUGCGCGACGAGGGACGACUAUUGGGAGGGCUUCAGCAAGAGGUUCAAUUCAUCAUGGAUGAGUUGGGGCACAUGAGAGCUUUCCUGAGAGAGGCAGAAGCAAAAGAAGAAGACGCUCAACCCAGGCUCCAAGAAUGGAUCAAGCAAGUGCGAGAGGCUGCUUAUGACACUGAAGACAUUCUUGAUGAAUUUGUAGCUCGAUUUGCUCAGCAUUGCGCAACGGGAUUCUACGGCUCUGUUCGGAGAAUUUUCAGCCCCAUCAAGAAUUUGAGGGCUCGUCAUCGAGUUGCUAGCGAAAUACAAAGCAUCAAGUCCAGAAUCAAAAGUAUUUCUGAAGGUCAUCAAAGAUACCAAUCCGAAUAUGGUAUCUCUGCCCAAGCGUCCAGCUCACUUCCUGCUGUGAACAACACAACAUGGCGCUAUAGCAGGGAUGAUGCGCUGCUUGUGGAAGAAGCUAAAUUAGUUGGACUUGGCAAAACCACCCUAGUGAAAAGAGUCCAUGAGGAUCCUGAAGUCAGAAGGCAUUUCCCAGUUCGUGCUUGGGUAACUGUCUCUCAAACAUGUGACUUUCAGGAUCUCCUGAAAGACUUGAUUCGGCAGUUACACAAGGAAGGGAAGAAACCAGUCCCACAAUCGAUCGAGUCUUUGAAUAUCACCGAGCUGAAAGAAUUUGUCAAAGAUUUUCUUCAACAAGCUGCAAGGUAUGCAAUUGUUUUUGAUGAUGUAUGGGACAUGGAAUUUUGGAAUACCAUCAAAUUUGCACUGCCUGAGAGUAGCCACGGCAACCGUGUCAUGCUAACAACUAGAAAAGCUGAUGUAGCCUUUGCCUCUUGCAUUGAAUCUCGGGGUCUGGUCUACAGAAUGGAGCCACUAUCUAUUGAGGAUUCGUGGACCCUGUUUUGCAACAAGAUCUUUAAUGGAGAUAAUUGCCCUGGCCAUUUGAUGGAUGUUGCCAAAGGUGUAUUGGAUAAAUGUGAGGGUUUGCCCCUUGCAAUUCUUGCAAUCAGUGGGCUUUUGGCUUCGAAAGAUGUAAACAGAAUAGAGGAAUGGGAGAUGGUUCGAUGCAGUCUUAGGGGUGAAUUAGAAGGCACUGGUAAACUGGACAGAGUUAAAAAGAUACUCUCCCUUAGUUACAGUGAUUUGCCUUGGCAUCUCAAGACAUGUCUGUUAUACACAAGUAUCUACCCAGAGGAUUAUGAAAUAAAAUGCUAUAGACUAAUUAAUUUGUGGAUUGCUGAAAGGUUUGUAGAGUGGAGAGAAGGAAUGAGUAUUGAAGAUGUAGCCUGGGGUUAUCUCAGUGAACUCAUCAAUAGAAGCCUAAUUCAAGUGACUCGUGUGUGUUACGAAGGAAUGCUCGGCACUUGUCGAAUCCAUGACCUAUUGAGAGAAGUUAUUGUUCUCAAGUCAAGGGAACAAAACAUUGUCACAUUUACUACCGGACAACCAACAAUGUGGCCGUCCGAGAAGGUACGCCGUUUUGUAGUCCAUAGUAGUAGCAGUAACAACAGCCAGCACCACCAACAAAGACACAAUGAUUGCUUUGACCACCUUCGGUCGUUCAUUACUGUUGGAUCCACGAACCCAUUGAUAUCCAAACCAUUUCUAUCUGAUGUUUUAAGGAGUAGCAAGUUGUUAAAGGUUUUGGAUUUGGCAGGUCAAGAGAACCAGGAGGAAAUACCAAAUGAGGUUUUCAAGAUGUUUCAUCUCAAGCAUCUGAACCUAUAUGGUACAAGAGUGGAGAGAGUCCCGAAAGCCAUUGGGAAACUUCAACAUUUGGAGUAUCUGAAUUUGGGAAACACUGGAGUUAGGGAAUUACCCAUGGAAAUCCUUAAGUUGCAAAAACUUCGUUUUCUCAGAGUAUAUCAACCUGUUGAUCCUUCAGAUUGUGACUACGGAGGUCACGGAUUUAAAGCUCCAUCGAAUAUGGGAGGGCUUCUUGCCCUAGAAAUAUUAAACCGCAUAGAUGCAAGCAGUGGAUCUACAAUAAUUAAGGAGAUAGGAAAGCUGUCCCAAUUAAGAGAAUUUAGUAUUACAAAGUUGAGAAGAGAAGAUGGAAAGGAGCUCUGCUCCUCCCUUGCCAACCUCACCAGUCUUCAGAGAUUAACCGUUGAAUCAAUUGGUAAAGGUGUUGAUCAUGAGAUAAUCGAUCUAAAUCAUCAUCAUCCUUCUCUUUCUUCUUCUUCUUGUUCGUUUCUUCAAUCUCUUCGUAUGCUGAUUUUGUGUGGCCGCUUAGAAAAGAUGCCACAAUGGGUAGCUCGUCUUCAUGGUUUGGUAAGAAUAGAUUUGAAUUGGAGCAGGUUAAGGGGUAAGGAGGAUCCGCUUGAAUCCCUCCAACAUUUGCCCAAUUUGGGUGAAAUUAACUUCUGUGGAUCUUACCAGGGAGAAGGGUUGUGCUUCAAGGCUGGAGGGUUCCUAAAGCUAAAGCGGUUGCACAUAAAGAGAAUGGAAGGGUUGAGAUGGAUGAGAGUGGAGGAAGGUGCAUUGCCUCGCCUCCAAAAACUAUUCCUGCAACAACUUCCAUUACUAGAGGAAUUGCCUAUAGGUAUUCAGCAUUUGAUCGAGCUUCAACAACUGAAUUUGUAUGAGGUGAGUUCUCAAUUGAGAGAGAAGCUAUUAGAGAAUCAGAAGGAAGAAGGUGAAGAUUACACAAGAAUCGCACACAUUCCUGAAAUUCUCAUUGGUUACUAUACAAAUGAUAGGAAAUGGAGACGCCGCAGCCUGUGGGAUGAGAAGAAGAAAACAUAUAAUCUUUCCUAG